UGAUCACCGCCAAUGGGCCGCGCGGACGGCGCGAGCCGGCCUCUCCGUUGAAGAACGAGGCCUUGUACUGCCGGAAGGUCAUGCCUUAGAUCAUUCCCUCACUGAGAAGCUGGGUAUAUUACCUUCUGUCAGGUGUCUGUCAGUGCUGCUGUCUGGUAUUGAUGCUCAGAGAAACAUUUUAGAGAAAUUUGAGUCUUCUAUAUGGGCCAUUUUCUUUCAAAAAAUGGUAAGCGUGUGAAGAAGAGAAGACGGAAAGUUAAGAGGAACUGCUUUCUCCGUGGACCUUGUAUGUUGUGCUUCAUAGUUCACAAUACUUCUCUUGAUGAGGAUCAGUUUGAAAGUGCAUCCAAACUAGCUGAACGAUACGCUGCAUUGACCACGACAGAGGAAUGUGCUAAGUUUCUUCUUUCUCCCAAGGAACUUGCUAUCUGGGAAGAACAAGGCAAGAGUUUAUUUUCGAGUGUUCCAACCAAACUGAUUGGGCCACCUCUAUUUAGAACAGUCUCUUCAGACUAUUUGGAGAUGCCAGUUUGCAAACGUAAAUGUGCUGGAGUGCAAACGUGUACACCUCAUAAACUGCCUCGUUCUGCAUUGGAGGGCGUUCCUGACACUGGUUUAAAUAAUGACAUAGCAGAGCAUCCAGUACCCGUGUGUACUUUGCCAGCUUCCACAGCAGAAUGCACUAGUGUAGGUCCUCAGGGGAACAUGGGUGACUGCUCUUCUCUGCUACAAUGUCCAGUGUCCCCUUUGGGACCUGAAGACAAUGAACGUCUUCCCCAUGAUAAUUUUAAAGACUUAAGAAUGGAAUCUGAACCGCCGAAUAUAAAUCAACUUCCUUCCUCUAUACUUCUAAAGGUCUUUGCUCAUUUAACUUUAAAGGAACGAUGUCUUUCAGCAUCUUUGGUUUGCAAAUACUGGCGUGACCUUGGUUUAGAUUUUCAAUUUUGGAAACAGUUGGAUCUCAGUGGUCGACAACAGAUCACCGAUGAUGUGCUUAUGCGAAUUGCAUCAAAGAAUAGAAACACAAUCCAAAUUAAUGUUUCUGAUUGUCGGAGUAUUUCUGAUACAGGAGUGAGUUCCAUAGCAUCGCAAAGUCCAGGACUGCAGAAAUACAUUGCAUAUCGAUGCAAACAACUCAGUGACAUUUCUCUCAUUGCAAUUGCUUGCCAUUGCCCUUUUCUACAGAAAGUACAUGUGGGAAACCAGGAUAAGCUUACGGAUGAAUCCUUGCAGCAGCUGGGAGAGAAGUGUCCAGACAUUUUGGAUAUCCAUUUUGGUCAAUGUUACAAGAUUACAGAUGAAGGCAUGAUGGCAUUGGCACAGGGCUGCCCAAGGCUGCAGAGAAUCUACAUGCAAGAAAACAAACUGGUGACAGAUAAAUCGGUGAAGGCAUUUGCAGAACAUUGUCCUUUGCUGCAGUAUGUAGGUUUUAUGGGCUGUUCAGUUACAUCUCAAGGGGUCAUCCACCUCACUCGGCUAAAGGAGCUCACUAGUUUGGACUUGCGCCACAUAACCGAGCUAAAUAAUGAAACCAUAAUGGAAGUGGUCAAGAGGUGCCGAAACUUAAGCUCUCUGAAUCUUUGUCUGAACUGGACCAUUAAUGACAGAUGUGUUGAAUUCAUAGCUAAGGAAGGACGCAGCCUAAAGGAGCUUUACCUUGUGUCCUGUAAAAUUACAGAUUACGCUCUGAUAGCAAUUGGUCAGUACAGUACAACCAUUGAAACGGUGGAUGUAGGCUGGUGCAAAGAAAUCACAGAUAAGGGAGCAACUCAGAUCUCGCAGACAAGCAAGUCCCUUAGAUAUUUGGGACUUAUGAGGUGUGAUAAGGUGAGUGAAGAUACAGUGGAACGUCUAGUUCAAGAAUAUCCACAUAUCACAUUUAGCACUGUGAUGCAGGAUUGCAAGCGGACGCUAGAACGGGCCUAUCAGAUGGGUUGGAUUCCCAAUACAUCAACGGCAUCAUAACGCUGUCAAGAAUCUUCUGUAUUAUCACUUUGUCGUUCUUGUAAUUCUUAAAUACGGUAAUGUAGAGUGAGUACAAGAGAAGUCACAAGCAUUGGCUCUGCUGGACUAACCUAUGUUCACAAAAGACAGUACAUUUCCACUUGUAUGUUCCUGUUUUGACAAUCUUUGCCCUCUGAAGGUUGAAAUCAUGGAUUUUCGGAUAUCCAUGGAACAAAGUUUAAAAAUACAAUUCAGGGCAGGUAUCAGUUCUAUCACAAAAAUAGUUUUGUUUUAUGAAUCAUUUGAUACCAGCAUUCCUUUGUUUUUGUUUUCAAAACAGCUGUAAUCAAACGUGCAUUCAGUAAGUUUAAAGUGAAAGAUUUGUCUCCUUCCUAACUCAUUUUCUGUUAAAAGCUACAUCUGAGCCCCUAAUAGAUGUAAUGGGAUUUUUCAGGUGUGACAGUCUUUGACUAAAUUUAUUCAGUUAUUCUCUUGUUCAACAGAUUCUUUUUUAGAUAAUCUGUUAAGAUUACAUCUCAUUUUAUUAUAAGCUUGGUUAAAAAUCUGAAUUCCAUUUUGUUAAGUUUUAUUCAUCCUUGAAAUAAUCAAUUACACCUGAUGAUGAAGACUAGCAACAGCCCUAAUAAGAUUUCACUAUAGACAUAAGAAUCAAUGAAGUGUUUUUCCCCUAGAUCCGAACUUUUAACUGUGGCCAGCAUGUACAAUAAUGACUGACAUUUUAUUACUGUUUGUAUGUUUUUUCUACAUACACAGUUAUUAAGAACUGGCUUGAGCAAGACAUAGUUUUUAUAACAUGGUCAAAGUAAAAUAAAACUAACUUCUGUCAGUUAUAAAAUUGUUGUAAAUAUCAUGUCUGAACACUUUACUUAGCAGAAAAGAAGUGUUCCAAAUGGUAAUAGUUAAAGUUGAGGGAAUUAUGCUGGAUUUCUCUGUUAUUUGAUAUUUGUCAUUAAAUGAACAACUUCUGUGGAAACGACUGUAGAUGUUAUGUUGUAUUUCAAAUUCAAAAGUCAAGAGGUUCAGUAUUUUGGCCUUCAGUUUCUAGCCAAAGUGAUCCAACUUUAGAAUACAGAGCAAUUGUACAAUUCUUUACUUUUUGCAUGUGAUAAUUAUGUCCUACCAGUUCCUGAGUUACUUAUAGUAUCAUUAGAAAGUGCAGUGUGCGAACCUAUGAUUGUUUGAAAAUAAAGAGUCAACAAAAUGUUAGCCAUUUUAUCAAGAAAUCGUAGGGAUCUAAACGAGGAUGUGUGUCUUAAAUAUAAGUGAUUCGGAAAACAAGUUAUUUAAACCAGUUGGAGAAUGGACUUUAUUGUUCUGUGGCUAUUCUGAAAGUAAAGAGAGAGAAUGAAGGAAAAGGAAAAGACAUUUUAAAAGAUGUUUGGUAAAUGCCACCUUUCAGUAAUUGAGCUGCUUAAGAUAACUGGCAGUAACUGAGUGAUGUCUCUAACUGGUGGUCUCUACGGGUCUUGUCUCAGAUCCUGUACAGACACGUUAAACAAGUUUGUCAGUUUUCCGUUAGAUUGAUUUUCCUCAAGUGUAGAAGAAUUAUCUAACUUUGUUUCGGAAAUUCAAACCAUUUUCCCAAUAUUUUAUUUUUCUGAUUCAUUCUGCAUUGAAAUGUAUUAAAGAAUUUUGGAAUUCACAACUAGUGGAAAUAAUUUAAUUUGGGGAAUAUACCAACAAUUUGAGGAAUGUGUUGCAAUGUUUCUGUGGAAGGGUUAGUUAAAGUGCAACCUUACACAACUUUAGGUCAAUUACCAAAGGCUCCUGAUUAAAGCGAAGGAAUAUUUAUUAGUUAAAGUAGUUCCCUGCACCCUUUCUAUCUGAAUAGCAAUGAUAGUUGUAAAAUUACCUGGCUUUUGCUGUAAGAUUUGUUGCUUGCAAGGAAUCUCACCAUCAUGGAUGUCUUCAUUUCCUUGCUGCAUCAAUACUUUCAGUUGUACAAAACAGCCUUUUGAAUCUUGGAUUAUGUACCCAUUUCAGUGGAGUCAUGUAGGAAGGUGAGCCAGUUCAGAGUGAGCCCAGCAAAUGCUCCCUUCACACAGGAUAGACAAUGAAGAAACAGGCAAUUCACCUAGUGUUGAUAUUUGUACUCCAAGUGUCCCCUCACAUCUUAUCACAUUCAAAUCAGUCUUUCAACAUGUGUUUACUAUUCUCUUUUAUCUCAAGGGUAGUUGGAAAUGUGGAAUUGAGGUAACAAUCAGAUCAGCCAUGGUCUUAUUGAAUGAUAAAGCAGAUUCCAAGGGCUGAGUAGUAUGCUUCUGAUCCUAAUUUGUAUAUUCACGUACUGAUCCCGUUGCCUUUUGAAGGCUUCUAAACUAUUUGGCUUAGCCAUAUUUUACACUCAAAAUAAUUACUAAAGAAGAAUGUUUUUUCUAAUUUCCCUAUUGAAUUAAAUACCCGUAAUUGCUUCUUUACAAUAUCACCCAAUUUUGGCAGUAUCUAGCCAACUUUUUUUUGCCUCAGGAUGGCCUGGUGGUUCUGGUCACUGACAGGUUUCUGUCAGAUCAUGAAUUUAAUGGCAUUGCAAUGCAAUACCUUACUGAGAUGUGAAAAUCCUUUCAACAGAAAGUUUCCCUCAGAUUUUUAUUCCUUUUUAAAGAUUUGGAUGUUCUGUAAUUCUAUACAUUUUCCAAAUAGUAAUAAGUUCAAAACAAUUUAGGACUGUUUCAUAUUAAUACAUAAUCCCCAAAUCUUACAUUUUAAAUAA